GUGAACUGACAGCUCCGCCAACUGGGAUUAAAGCUGAAGCCUCUCAGCAUCCUGAUUUAAACUGUGUACGCCUAGAUCUUAUAGCUCCUCCCUUGGCUAUAUAAUUGUAGACUCAGCUGGACUUCCAUCAGAUUACUCCCCACUGCAUGCCCUUGUUCCACAGCCCCACUCCUGGACAGAAAGGGCGGAAGAUGCUGACCACAAGCAGCGGUGUUAUGAAGAGCUUGUCUCUGUGGAUUAUUUUCCUCUUAAGCUCCGGUGUUUACGCCAGGAAGCAGCGCGAUGAUAGUGAUGAUGAUGAGUCCUGGUCGGAGAGUGUUUCCAGGGCGAGGUGCGCGUCUCGGUGCCUCAGUCUGCACAGCGUAGCUGCGCUCUCCACAUCACUGCAGAAUAAUGGAUCCUUGGGCUGGUGUCAUAAUCAUAAACAGUGCGCAAAGUGCCUGGAGCCCUGCAAAGAUUCCUGGGUGAUGAAGAGGAAAAGUAAUUGCAGAGAGCUGUGUGAGCGGGUGUUUCCCAAGAAGCACUGGGAGUGUGUGACCAGCUGUGAGUUCCUUCAGUCAGUGUUGGCGGUGAAGCAGGGCAGCUGUCCACCUCCAGAGAGAGCCAGCGGCUUUGCAGCCGCCUGCGUGGAGAGCUGUGAUCAUGACCGAGAAUGCUCCGCUCAGAAGAAAUGCUGCUCCAACGGCUGCGGCCACACCUGCCAGUCUCCUAAAGACCUCUACAAGGGUGCUCCUCUGAAGCCAAGGAAGGAGUUAGGCUUUGAAGAACUCUCCUCUGGUCAGCUGGAGGUGCGCUGGUCCUCCCGCUUCAACAUCUCAGCCGAGCCUGUGGUCUACAUCCUGCAGAGGAGGUGGAACUUUGGCAUCCAGCCCAGCGAGGACACCGCCACCUCCUGGCAGGUGGCUGCACAGACCACGGAGCAGGGAGCCAGACUGUCUGACGUCCGACCAGGCCGCUGGUACCAGUUCAGAGUGGCAGCUGUCAACACCCAUGGGACCAGAGGUUUCACCACACCCAGCCGACACAUCCACUCCAGCAGAGACCCCUCUAGUCCCCCCGCUCCCAAUGAGCUGAGAGUGACCAACAUGACCUUCGGCCCUGGCAGGGCGGUGUCAGCCCAGCUCCAGUGGAGCAUCCUUGCCGACCUGGAUGUUCCCGUCCACCACUACAAGGUCAGCUGGAGCUGGACCGCAGUCGGACAGCCCUCUGCUUCAUCCCUGACCAAGAGGAAGAAGACAGUCAGAGAGAGUCAGGUGGAGCUGGACAGCAUGCGGUCUAACAGAAACUACAGUGUGGAAGUCCAGGCUGUUUCAUACUGGGGACAAACUCAGCUGAAAGGACCACGAGCAGUCCUCCACUUUACCACACAGCGCGCCACCAACACCGCACCACGAAACCCUUCAGGUGACAUACUUGAUGUGGGGACGCCAUUCUACCAGGACGGACAGCUUCGGGUUCAUGUUUACUGGCAGAGCAGCACAGAUCCUUCAGUUGAAUUCUACAGAAUCCAGUGGGGACCAGAGUAUUGUGGACACAACCAGACCAGACCUACAGAGAAGACAGUAACACAGGAGAGCUUUGUCAGCCUGCAGGGCUUGCUCUUCUCUUGCAAGUAUAAAGUCCUUCUGCAGCCAGUCAGCAAGAAGAGUCGUCCACUGGCAGAGAGCACCAGCUUCUUCACUCCGUCCUGUGCUGCCAUCCAGGCCAAGAGUCUGAAACCCAUCACCUGUCCUGGAGACACAGCAGUGACCCUGCAGAAGGUCCUGGUGAAGGCAGCCAACCUGACAGCGUCCUUUGAGGUCAGAGGAGGCAACGUGACAGCCAUCUUUAGCUGGGAUUUAUCCCCAGCCACACCUCACCAGCAGCUGACCGGCUACCAGGUGACCUGGGCAGAGGUCAUCUCCAGCACUCGCCACAGCAACAACAAGCUGCCCCACAGCCUCAUCUCCCAGUCCCAGAUCUUACCCCCGGAUGGUAAUGUUCUGGUGGUGUCAGGCCUGCACCCAGCCAGUCUGUACAGGCUAGAGGUCCAGGCCAUCACAGCAGAAGGUGAAGGUCCUGCAACCAGCAGAACCUUCCAGACUCCUGGAUACCAGAGCAGCCUGAAGCACAGGACCAGGCUGAGGAAGCAUCACCAUGAACAGCCGAUCAUUGAGAGGCACUGAGCCCAGACAGCCAAUCAGCCUGCAUGAACCAAGUUUCCCAAACUUAGGAUGACAAUGAAGCUUCACCAGCUUCAUGAUCAAGGCAAAAUCUUCAUCACAACUGGCGGCCAUUUAAAUCUUUCCCUGCAAUACCCUACAGUGGACCAGGCUGUUACUGUUAAUGCUACACAGGCUGUAGAAUUUUAAUAUCAGUGAGACCAUGACUGACAAUAUUGGCAGCCUCUACUGGCAUGUACACUAGUUUUUAAAUGGUGAGCCACCAGGACAGAUUUGGCACAAUAACUGUUGGACUGCUUUAUGGUCAUUUUCCUCCCUUUUUUUUUUUUAGUAAAACCAGCCAUACUACAGCUAGAAGUAUCUAUAUUGUAGUAUUCAACUGGAGCACAGUGAAUGAUAAUACCAGUACUAUGAGGCUGCCAAUCAUCUACCAUGGUCUUAUUGAUUUACAGUUACUUUUCAGAGGUGUUACUGUUAAUCUGCCACUUAGAUGUAAUAGACCAACAACAAAGAAAACCACUCUGAAACAGCAGUACGGUUUUAUGCAAGUCAUGUUAAAGAAGUGGUACUUCCCUUUGACUCCCAGCUGAGAGAUGAAUCUUAGCACUUGUUUGUGAUAUGUGGGUGUGCAUCAUAAUAACAUGUAGAUACAGUAGCUAUACCAAUUUCAUUAACUGUAGGGCUGGGUAUUGUUGAGAAUUUUUUGAUAAGGGUAUCAAUACAAAACCUAAAUGUGGGUACUGAUAUGAAGAAAAUGUCCACAUAGGUUCUAAUUUGACUUUAAAAAGCAUGUGUCGUCUGCUGGACUGCUCUCUCUAUCAGCUUUCAUUGCUGUCCACACCUAAACCUGUGGUGUCAGAGCAGGUGUUUUCCACCAGCUGCUAUAGAAAGAAAACACCUGCUGUGGCAUCACCAACAUGGUCAGAUUAAUGUUGUUUGGCCCCCAUUCCACCCUUUGUGCUUUGUGUAUGUAUUCGGUCACCUCCAAGUUCCCAUCAACACAGGACUCCAAUGCUGGAAGACUACCAGUAAGAUUAAGACAAUUGACUUCAACAUUACUUUAUUUAGGAAUAUACACCAUGUGAGCACAAUACAAACUACAAGACAGGGCCAAGUGACUAUGAACCCUUUUUUGACCAAGUAGUGCCAGAAAUUAAGGAGCCACAGGAACUAAACCAGGAACUAAAAGUCCACUUUGAGUAUCUGAUGAACCGCUUCCUGUCGCCCCUGUGUUCACUUGUGCUCUCUGUAGCAGCCUGAGGUUUGUGUUUGACUAGUCAGUGACAUCCAACACUGCAAACUCCACCCUAAUAGGUCUCAGGCCAUUAGAGAGUAUAAUCUCCAGAGCAGAGAAUUUUUGGGCCCAGGAACUAAAUUAAGUUCCUGAAAAGUUUCUGGGCCCCUAGAAAAAGUUCUUGGUGUGAAAACAGACUAUGUUGAUAAUAGGCCUGGGCAAAAAAACGAUAGCAAUAUGUACCAGUGAUAGACACUUCAUCAAUAGCAAUAAGAAAAUUGUUUGUUUCACUAAAGUGCAAUAAAUGCAAAUAACAGUGAAAGCUCAUAAAGAAUACGUAAUGCUCAGUUGCAGGAACAGACCACCAGUGUACUCCCUCCCUGGCUCAUAAACAGCCUUUCUUGACAAUGGAGCAUGCUACAAGUAAUGCAAACAGCCAGUCAUUUGAUAGAUCUGGCGCAACAACAGAAACAGCAUGGAGUGAGAAAAUGAGUGCAGACGGUGAGGAAAUUGUUGAUUAAAAAAGGACAUAACGUGGUUAAAUUCAAAAUAAAGUGGUUAAUCAACCUUUUUUCUCCUGGUCAAAAAAUAGGUCAUUAAAAAUAAUCAAUAAUUAUCAGUGUUGACUGAAAUUAAACAUUUUAUUAUGAUAAAUUUUUCAGCUAUAUCGCCCAGCCCUAGUUGAUAUUGUACUUUAGUGGUGCAAAUUCCUAAACAAUUGUUUUGCUUUUCAUGAACAACCAUUUGACACACUAGGGUAAUGGGGGCUCUUGGGGGUCUGAAGCAUAGACUGUAUAUGCAGAUGGACUUAGUGAGGUGUGAUGUCACCCGUUGGUUUCAUUGGAGCCUGUUUAAAGCCCAGAGUUGCAGUUUAUGGUCAGCGCCAUCUUUUAGGAUUGAUCUAAUAUUACCCCUAAAUUGCGCAGGUUGGAGUGGGCAGCGGAGGAAAGAGGUCCAAUACUUUUUAUGAUCACAGGGGCAACCUUUUCUGGGGCAAAAAUCAGAAUCUCUGUCUUAUCAGCAUUGAGCUGUAGAAAGUUGCCUGCCAUCCAGUCUUUAAUAGUGUUAAGACAGUCCAGGAGCUUGGAUAGCCUGAAAGCCUCACUAGGUUUGAAGGAGAAGUGGAGUUGGAUAUCAUCUGCAUAAAGAUAAUAAGCAACAUCAAAUCUGCUGAUCAUCUGUCCCAAAUGUAGCAAAUAUAGAGAGAAUAACAGGGGCCCCAGAACCGAACCUUGUGGGACACCACAAAACAGUGGAGAAGAAUCAGGCACAAAGUCCCAAUAGAGACGGAAAAACUUCUGUCAAUGAGAUAAAAUAAAAUCCAGUCCAGUGCUGUGCCUGAUAUAUCUUUUUGACAAGAACGGGAGUUUAGAUAUGGGCCUGUAAUUCUUGGGCAGAGCAGGAUCUAAGUUUGGUUUCUUUAAUAUGGGCUGGAUAGUGGCAUGUUUAAGAUAGGAUGAGACACACCCUGAAGACAUUGAGGAGUUGACAAUAACUAAUAUAGCGGGGACAAUAAUUGGCAAAACUUGUAAAAACAGAGAAGAUGGCAUUACUUCCAUUGGGCUAGAGGAUAACAUCAUUUUCCUAAUCAAUACUAUGAGAUCCUGUGAGCUGAUUGGUUGGAAAGACUCCAGAACUGCAGGAGAUAGAGUGAGCACAGCAGCACAGCACAGCAGCAGUCAUUUUCCCCCUUGUGAUGUAGUGUUGGUUGGUUACUCUGUGAUAUAACUAGCUGUACAAGUCUUCCUUAAUAAAAUAUAGUAUAAAUUAAGAAAAUGUUAAUUUCAGUCCGAUCAAACAAUUAAACUUGAUUAAGAAUGACUUUUAGUACUCUUCAGUUUGUCAUGCUGCUGACACAAUUCACUAUGUUGUCAAAAUGCAGGUUUGAUACCCAGCCCUCAUUCCCUGCUGUAUCAUUUCCAACUCCUUUUGAUAGCAUUGCAUGCAAACGCCCAAGUGUUCAUAGUGUUGUCAGUGUCAUUGAGUGGUACCUUCAGUAUAUUUUAAAAACCUGACCUGACCUUAUUUCCUGCAACUGAUUCCCUGAUGAGAUGUAUUGUGUUGUAAAUGACAUGUAGUUCCUCUGUACUCUGUAAAUGCUGUAUAUAAUGUUUGACUGUAUUUAUUAGUUGUGCUAUAUUUGUGUCUGGACGAGUGUCGACUGUAAACAUAGAACAUCUGUACUGUGUGUGUUCUCAGCCUUUUGUAAACCACCAGAGACCCUGUACAAAGAUGUUUUUUAACUAAAGAUAAAUUCCAUGUCAA